AUGUGGACGGCGCGGGCGAGCGCGCGCACCGCGGCGCUGCUGCUCUGCGUCCUGUGCUACCUGCUGGCGGGCGCCGCCGUCUUCGACGCGCUCGAGUCCGAGGCGGAGAGCGGCCGGCGGCGGCUGCUGGCCCAGAAGCGCGGCGAGUUCCGGAGGAGGUUCGGCUUCUCGGCCGAGGACUACCGCGAGCUGGAGCGCCUGGCGCGGCAGGCAGAGCCGCACCGCGCCGGCCGCCAGUGGAGGUUCGCCGGCUCCUUCUACUUCGCCAUCACCGUCAUCACCACCAUCGGGUAUGGCCACACGGUGCCAGGCACGGACUCGGGCAAGGUGUUCUGCAUGUUCUACGCCCUCCUGGGCAUCCCCCUGACGCUGGUCACCUUCCAGAGCCUGGGUGAGCGGCUGAACGCGCUGGUGCGGUGCCUCCUGCUGGGGGCCAAGCGCUGCCUGGGCCUGCGAAGGCCCCACGUGUCCACCGAGAACAUGGUGGUGGCCGGGCUGCUGGCGUGCGCCGCCACCCUGGCGCUCGGGGCCGCCACCUUCUCGCACUUCGAGGGCUGGUCCUUCUUCCACGCCUACUACUACUGCUUCAUCACCCUCACCACCAUCGGCUUCGGGGACUUCGUGGCGCUGCAGAGCGAGGAGGCCCUGCAGAGGACACCGCCCUACGUGGCCUUCAGCUUCCUCUACAUCCUGCUGGGGCUCACGGUCAUCGGCGCCUUUCUCAACCUCGUCGUCCUGCGCUUCCUGGCCGCCAGCGCGGAGGGGCCCCAGCGCGCUGCCCGCCUGGCCGGCUCGCUUCACCGGGCGGCGCCGGAGAGCCACGCGCGGCCCCGCGGAGGAGACGCGGGCCCGGCGGGCUCCAUCUGCAGCUCCUGCCGCCGCAUCCGGCAGCUGGAGAGGUGCGCCCGCGACAAUCUGGGCUUCUCGCCCCCCUCGAGCCCUGUGGCCGUGUGCGGCAGCAGGGCAGACAGGCCCCGGGCCCGGUCCAUCUGACAGCCCUGGCCAGGCGGGGUCAAACCUGGUUGGGAGCAUCUGGAGCAUCUCCCAGGGCACCCACCGGGGGCUUGGAGAGGAGCCAAGGCCUUGAGGUUGUCUUCUGCAAGGAGUGGCUCCUCACUACCUUCUGAUGCUCAUCUCUUCCAGCCCCUCAAAAAUGCGUUAUGCUGCAUCACAAGCACAAGCUAGUCUGUAGUCACUCCAUAGGUGCACAUUGCUGCAAGAAGGCCUGGCCACAUCAGCACCUGGGACAGCCCUUGCAUUGGACCACCUUACCUGAGGGCCCUUCAGAGGGGAGACUUGUGGCUACGUGUUUUGUGAAGAGGUGGAUCAUGUGCGGCAGGGAAAUGUACAACUUUCAGCACUGGAACCCUAUGGGGAAGCCAGGUGCUCAAGCUAGAAGCAUGGAGAACAGAUGCACGGAAGGAAACCUCCCCAGCGGCCAUUUUUUGCACAUUUAAAUGACUUCUUUCUGUUCACCCAGCCUGUACAGAAUUACCCACGUUUGAAUGAUCACCCCCACUGCAUAAAGCUGCUCCUUUGUCCUUAGCCAGCCCUACUCCCAGAUGAAGGAGAUCUUGCUGACAGCCCCUAUGUCACUAGGACCCCACCCCCCCAGGAGGCAGCCCAGUGCUGUGGGAUGAACUUUAUUUUGGGUCCUGCCGAUCACCAGCAUUGUGACUUUGGGAAUCUCAUUCUUUCCUUGGGCCUCAGUUUCCACAUCAGUAAGACAAUUGGGUGCAUUUAGAACCCUGCUCCCUCCUGUGCAUCUCCAGCAGGGCUUUCCCAGACAGGUCUCGGCCCCAUUAGGGGAUUAACAAAGACCCUGGCGGGGCAUCCUGGCAUCCCACAGCAUUAAGACCCUUAGAGCCUUUAUCCCUCCAGAAGGAACCAUCUCAACACAAACCACGAACAAGCCCAGUUAGAAAAGCCAAAAACUUUAAUGUUAACAUGAGCUACAUGGUCAUGAACACAAUGCGAUGUGACCCACUCCAACCCAGGGGCCCCAGAAACCCUCCCUCCCCAAAGGUCUGGGCGGUCCUGCUCCUAGAGAGGGCAUAAGGAAAAGGUGGGUGGGAGAGGCCCCCAGCCUGAGGACCCAGGGUCCCGCUAACCCACCACCCCCUAUAGGAGGCAGUUGUAGCAUCAAAGGGCUCAGAGGUGACACCUUUGCCCCCAUUCCAGCCUCCACUGGGCCCUCACAGACGCUUUGGGUGAAAUGGGCAUGAGCCCAGUCCUCGGGCCUUGUCAGGUGAGCUCUUGGGCUCAAACACUUUCAUCCUCUGAGGUGCUGCUCUACAGACAUGGGCCCUCCCAGAGGGCAGGGGAGCUGGUACAGGGGGAUGGAGGGGGUCGGUCCCCUUGGCCCAGCACAGCACUGCUGCUCAAUAAAUAAGUGCAGGUGA